AUGAACCAACCUUUGACCUCAUACGACGCUUCACAAGAGCCAUUUGGUGAAUUCAUCUCCUCUUGCCUAAUUUGGAUGGACGGUUAUCACGUUUUGCCACUGCGCUAUCUGAUAUUCUUCCGAGACCCCAAGGGUCAACUGGAUCCGAAACCUAUUUUCGACAAGUCGAAAGAUAGGAUCCAUAUGGAAUACUGGACUAAAGAAACGGACUUUCAUGACAGAAGGUACAGUAACCACCGACAAUACAUGGACAUGAUGGAUGCGAGCAAGAGAUUUCUCUCUGGGCAGACGAUGUUUUACCACGCCCGUUUGGCACAGUCGAAACAACAGAAUCGUACAUGGACAGUUGUCAUUGACGCGGACGAAAAUUUGUCUCUGGACUCGACUAAUGUACCAAAUGUUACGGACAGACUUCUAGCACCUGGUGCUGGGUUGAACUUGAUCAAGCGUGUCCAUGCCAGAGAUCCAUCCACUGGAAUCACGAACAAGACCCCCAAGAAGUGGUUUCUUAUAUGCACUUUAGUAGGUCGAAGAGAAUACGCUUCCUUUGAAAGUCCAUCGAGAUUGGUGCUCAAGGACGCACCCUUAUUCAUCACUAUUGCCUGA